CUUCCAAGCCAUGCACCAGGGCAGCAGACCAUGUUCUGCAGUAGCAUGUACCAUGGUCGUUGUCCUGUGGCUGUGUGUGGUGGCUUCGGCUGCGCCGACAAUGGAGACGGUGACCGGCGUGGUCCAAUCAACAAAUUGGAUAACCUGCAUGACGCGGAGCAACGGAGGUAUGAGCGAAGGCGUUGACCUUAAUCUCGUCAAUGAUGAGCGAGUCUGUGCUAUUAAUGCUUACUUUGCAAGUUUGCCAUCGACGACAACGGGCUUCUUCUGGAUCACUCCGCAGAGUGCCAUCGAGUUUGAGUAUAUUUCCGUAUCGAAUGAUAUGGACGUGGCCUUGGCGUACUACGGCAUUGCAAGCAGUGACAAGGCAAAGUCGUUCGAUGACUCUUAUUGGCAGACCGACUAUCGUCUCAACACAGCUACGCCAUACACAGGAAGCUAUGUUGUGGAAAACGUGCCAGACUCGGCCGGAUCGGUUGCUUCCAUCUCGGGCACCGCCAUCAGAUCCUUGCUGGGCGCUGCCUUUAGUGAUUCGGCCUUCUCGGGCUCACGGCUAAUGCUGCGCAUCGAGCAAUCGGGCACAAAGUGCAACUCAGGGACGUGUACCUUGGGCAAGGGCCUGCCUACCCCCACCAUCUACUUUCGCUACUACCCGGUGUGUAACUUUUACGGUGCUGUGGCCGAUGGCUCGGUCGCACCGUCGUCCAUCACCGGCGCUACCUUUGCUCCGGUCGACGGCACGCUCAAGAUCACUUGCGAUCCAGGCUUUACUCUCUACGGCGCGGACGCCAACGACGAGGUGACUUGUCAGUCGGACGGCUCGUACGUCCCUGCCUCACCGUACUGUGGCCCGCCACCGCCGCCGCCGCCUUCACCGCCGCCGCCGCCAUCGCCGCCGCCCUGCGGUGGCCUCGACGUGUCGUCAUCAAGUUCGAGCGGCGUGGCAUCGUAUGCUUCUCCCAUUAACGUCAUGAUCUUUGUCAUCGUCCUCCUUCUCUGCUGUGUGGCAUGCUGCUGCGUCCGGUAUCAGCGCCGGCGGCUGCAGACCAACAAGGUGACACCCGGAGAGAAGUUGCAGCUUUGCCCGUCGGGCAGGUGCUUGGUGGCGUACAUGCCGAUCUACACCGAGCUUGCAAGCAGCUCGCCAGAGCUUGCGCAAGAGGCUAUGGAUCUGGUCGUGGACGUUGUCUACUCUCAGGUGGUUGGAGCGGGCGGCAUGCCGUUCAACCUCGUCGAUGGCGAUGGUUCAUUCGCGGCAGCGAUGUUUCCAGCCGACAUGGCGCUCACGGCUGUGGAGACUGCCGUCGCUAUCGAGGAUGCACUGCUUGAUGUGGAGUGGUCCAAUGCCCUUGUCUCGCACCCGCUCUGCGCGUCGUCGGUCAAGAGCAGCGGCGAUGGACCUGUGCGGAUCUGGCGCGGGCCUCGGAUCACGGUAGCGGUGACGACUUGCAACCACGUUGGACUCAGCUCAGUGCCCAAGCAGCGCGUUUGUGUGGCUGCCGCGUACAGAGCGGCGACGGCACACAGCUACGACGGCGCAGUGGUGCUGGAUGAUGCGACGUUUGCGGCGAUGCCUGUGCCGCUUCCGGAUCAGCUGGCCAUCUACCCGCUCCAGGUGUCACACGAAGUCCCGCUGUAUCUUGCAGUCAAGGCCGGGACGGUGACCGAGAGACGGCUCGACAUGAACCCUGCCCUGACGCCGCGGAUGCCGGCUGCAGCCAACAGCAACGGCGGGAUGUCGCCGAGGUUGGAUCGGGUGCUGGCUGGGGUUCAGGAAGCGAAUGCUGCCCUCAAGCACAACGGCAAGUCCUUGGACAUUGCAGCGCAUCGGGCGGCACGCAACGAGCGGCACUCAGCGCUUAUGGCGCGCAGUCUCAACCGUACCGAGUCGUACUCCAAGCACGCAGCCAAGUACGCAGCCAUAGUGCAAGUCCGGCAGCCCGCCGGGCUGACGUCGGCGGCUGCUGGCAGAUCGGAAGCGAGCGCAACGUCGUGGCUUGCCGGCGAGGCGACGUCCGAGCUGACGGCUGGCGACUUUUCCUCAGCCUCGGGCUCGCCAUCGCGGAAACUCGAUGUCAAUGGCCGGCUCGCCUGGGGUACAGAUGCGCCGGCUGCUGCCACGGCAUCAGCGCUGCUCCUCGGCUACGUCCGCAGCCGGGUUUGA